AAUGGAAUAACGAGGACCGAUUUUUACAAUUAUUAUCAAUAUAUGUUGAUUCAAGAAGAACUUGUCGGCAUUCUGUAGGACGUUUGUUCCCAAAAGCGCUCAAAAUCACGUCCCGAAAAAGUAAAAACAGCUUGGUUUUCCAGAAACAAUUUCCUAAAAUAUGUCGAAAAAUGGAGUCACAGCUGAGGAAAAGAAAUCUCGAAUGAUUGAACUAUUUUAUGAAACCGGAGAAUGCUAUCAACUUAAAGAAUUGGAAAAGUUGGCACCUAAAGCAAAGGGAAUUGUUGCUAACUCAGUGAAGGAUAUUAUCCAAAAAUUGGUGGAUGAUGGUUUAAUAGAUUCAGAUAAAAUCGGAACUUCCAUCUACUACUGGUCAUUUCCAAGCAAGGGAAUUAAUCUGCGUAAAAGAAAACUUAGUGAAAUAACGAAAAAAUAUGAAGACGUCAGUAAAAAGCAAAAGCUAAUGAACGACACUUUGCAGGACUCGGAUAUAAACCAAGAUGAAGACAAACUGAGUAAAAUAUUAGGCGAAAUCACGGAUAUCGAGUUGGAUUUAGCGACACUUAAGAGACAACUAGUCGAAUUCCAAGAUAAUGAUCCUGAAAAGUUUGACGCCUUAAAAACAAAAACUGUGGGCUUGAAAGAUGCGGCUAACCGAUGGACCGACAAUAUUUUUGCAGUCAAGACUUGGUGCAAAAACAAAUUUCUCAUUGAAGGUAAAGUCCUGAAUAAACAGUUUGGUAUUCCAGAGGAUUUGGAUUACAUUGAAUAAGUUCAACAUUGCAUUGCAGCCUCUUAAUUUAGAUUCAACAGAAUAGAUUAUUUUUUGUAAAAGUUUGGCUGUGACCAAAGCGUCCAUAUGGAAAUAUUUUUCAAACUAUUGUUUUUGUGUAACUUGUUGUACCCAUUCAAAAAGUUUGAAUAUAGUUUAGUUACCUUGAAAAA